CAUCUUUGGCUCUUCCGGAUUAGGCCAUAUCAGCACAUUUUAUUUCUUGUUGAAUAUAUAUAUAUAUAUAAAACUAUAUAUAUAUACAUAUAUAGUUAUAUAUGUUCACCUCUCACCAGAGACACCAUAACGCAUUAUCAUUCUUUCACACACCGCAAACUUUCAAAUACUCCCACUGAACAAAGUCUGCAACAUUCAGUCAUGGAGGAGGAUACGGUGGACACACCGGAGGAGCAGCUGGCCAAGCAGCACCGCAAGGAAAAGAAAGAUAUGCAAGCUAAAAUCCAGAGAAUGAAAAAUGCAGUCCCCAAAAAUGACAAGAAAAAGAGGAAACAGUUGACUGAGGACAUUGCCAAACUAGAGGCUGACCUCAACCUGAAACAUGAGGAGGAAUUCAGGCAACUCAAAUCUACAGCUGACACAAAGUCUCACAAGAUGGAAGAUGUGUUAAAUGAAAUGGAGGCUGUGAAAAUGGAGGAUGGAGAACAGGAAGAGAUCAAACCGCUGCGUGUGACCAAAGCCCAGAAGAGAAGGGACAAGAAGGCUGCCCAGGAGAAGGAGAGGGAGAGUAGGAUAGCAGAGGCUGAGGUACAAAACCUGCAGGGUGUGAGGCACCAGGAAGGUCUGAUUCUGGCUCAGAAACUUGCCCAGCAACAGCUUCAGAUCAAGGAGAUCUCUUCUGAUGGCCACUGCAUGUUCCGUGCCAUUGAAGAUCAACUGGCACAGCGAUCGCAGCCUGGGUUAACAAUGAGCAUGAAAGAACUGCGGUCCCGCACUGCUGAGCACAUGAGAGCCCAUGCUGAUGACUUCCUGCCUUUCCUCACCAACCCGAACACUGGUGACAUAUACACAACAGAUGAGUUUGAGAAAUACUGCAGUGACGUGGAACACACAGCAGCCUGGGGUGGACAACUAGAAUUGCGAGCUUUGACCCAAGUUCUUCACUUGCCAAUAGAAGUAAUCCAGGCCAACUCCUCAACCAUAAAGAUCGGGGAGGAAUUUGAUAGUAAACCUAUCACCCUUGUUUAUAUGCGUCACGCCUAUGGACUAGGAGAGCACUAUAACUCUGUGGAGCGGCUAAAGGAUCCGGCCAAUGCAGAGGACAGCUGAGAGACAGCUCAGUCUUUGUGUGACAUAAACCAGCGUGUGUAGUGCAGCGAGUGUUCAAACUACCCAUAUCAAGGGCCCCUAAAGCCCCCCACCACCACCCAAGCGAAGACACUGUUAAGCUGAGUUUAACAGAGAAUGUUGCAUUAAAAGCAAAAUCAUGCUUUUCUGUUUUAGACGUCAAAAGAUAUCAGUGGAGAGAGUGAAAUCUAAUGGAACUCAUCACCUCUGAAAACAGUAUCACUGUGCUGAUGAAGAAAAGAGCAUAGAAAGGAAAUUAACGUGUCAGUGAAUUUAACCCUGGACUCUCUUGGUUUAUCUUAACGAUCCACAGGGUUCCCGUCGGCCCAUUUUGAGAUGCAGUGGUGUAAGACUUACUUAGUUUUUAUCCAUAUCUAAUCGGGCAGGAGAAGAUGUAAGGACUGCUGGUCAUGCAUGUCACUCGAAAAAAUGUCAACACUGAAGGCUUAUGCAGUGUUGUUGGAAUGAAAGGAAUUGUUGAACUUGUAAAGCAUAUCAGUGUUACAUAAACACAUAUGAAAAUAAUAUGGCAUCUCGCUGUUUUGCUUUUGAUGUUUCUCACGAGGAAAAUAUUAAUCAUAAAAGAAUACUGUUG